AUGUUUGCGUGUGGAAAAAGUAAGGUUAAUAAUGUCUUCGCCGGCGAUGUCAAGCAGCCGCCGCUUCAUCCUCCAGAGGAGAUGAUGUUUUCAUCAAAACCGUAUCCGAUUGGGAGGGAUCUUCCUCUGAAGCAACGACCCACUUUUAGGGGUCCAUCAUCACUGCUUUGUCGAGUCAGGUUCCUGAUCAACGACAUCUCGGAUCUGGAUGUUGCAGCCAAGCACGCCCGUUUAGCUGCCAGGAAGAAGGUGUAUCCUCAAACAGCCACCUUAACCAGCAAAACCAUCAUCGGAGCCAUGUGCAACGCUGGGCGGUCCGACGACGUCGUGGAUCUGUUCGAUUUCUUUUUCAACAAAACCAAGAUUAGACCAGACAUCGCUUGCUGCAAUUUCGUCAUCAAAUCCCUCUGCGAGCAAGGCCGCCUUGAUGACGCUCUUCAACUAUACUCCCACCUCCUCGCCAACAAACCUUCUCCGGACGACAACACGUACGACAUCUUGACCAAAGCCAUGGUCGAUGCCGGGAUGAUGGACCAAGCUCUGGAUCUCUUGUUGAAAGGAAGAGCUGAAUUGUCUAAUUUCCAAAAGCCAGGGAUGUACAUGAAUCUUAUUCGUGGCUACUUGGAACAGGGGAAUCUCGACAUGGCCUAUGAGCUCCGGGACGACUUCAAGACUUGUUCCAUACGCAAUGAAAUCGCCAUCCUGGAAUCAGUAUUCGUAGAGUAUUUGUUCAAGCAAGGCAAGGAUGAGGAGGCUAUGGAUCUAUACAGGAGCUCAGUGACGUUGAACAAGAACGGCUUGACAGAAAAUGCAACUGUGGGCAAUGUGUAUUUGAAACUGCUGCUCAACUCAAAUGCAGCAGAUGCUCUUAAUAUGAUGGUGAACGAGUGUUUCGAGCUGGGACGGUUCAGCGAUGCGAUGGACAUCUUCACCAAGGCCAAGGAAAAGGUUAAGUACAACUCGGUGAUUGUGGGAGUAUACAGGAACCUUAUUACAAGGUUGUGUCAGAAUGGGAGGCUGUCCGAGGCUGAGAGUUUAUUUGAUGAUAUGGUGAAAGAAGAAGUCUUGCCAGAUGAUGAAACUUAUAAAGCAAUGAUUCGUGCAUAUGUUGAGUAUGGAAGGGUGGAGGAUGCCGUUGAAACUGCAAACAAGAUGAUGACUUCUAAAGUCCACAAGGUUACUGAAUUGUUUUUCUAG